GCAGCUGAUGGCCUCUGCGGGCAGCGGCGGCGGCGGCGGCGGCGGCGGCGGCGGGGCGGGCGCGGAAUGAAGGCCCGCGGCCCUGGGGGCUGAGGCGCCCGCCGCCGCCUGGCGCGGGCCGCGCGUCCUCAUGGAGGCCGGAGAGGAACCGCUGCUGCUGGCCGAACUCAAGCCCGGGCGUCCCCAUCAGUUUGACUGGAAGUCCAGCUGUGAGACCUGGAGUGUGGCCUUCUCUCCAGAUGGUUCCUGGUUCGCCUGGUCUCAAGGACACUGUGUGGUCAAGCUGGUCCCCUGGCCAUUGGAAGAGCAGCUCAUCCCUAAAGGAUUCGAAGCCAAAAGCCGAAGCAGCAAAAAUGAUUCAAAAGGACGAGGCAGCCUGAAGGAGAAGACACUGGACUGUGGUCAGAUUGUGUGGGGGCUGGCCUUCAGCCCGUGGCCCUCUCCACCCAGCAGGAAACUCUGGGCACGCCACCAUCCCCAGGUGCCAGAUGUCUCUUGCCUGAUCCUGGCCACGGGUCUCAACGAUGGACAGAUCAAGAUUUGGGAGGUGCAGACAGGGCUCCUGCUUCUGAAUCUUUCUGGCCACCAAGAUGUCGUGAGAGAUUUGAGCUUCACACCCAGUGGAAGUUUGAUCUUGGUUUCUGCAUCCCGGGAUAAGACCCUUCGAAUCUGGGACCUGAACAAACAUGGUAAGCAGAUCCAGGUGUUAUCUGGCCACCUGCAGUGGGUUUACUGCUGCUCCAUCUCCCCCGACUGCAGCAUGCUGUGCUCUGCCGCUGGUGAGAAGUCGGUCUUUCUGUGGAGCAUGAGGUCCUACACACUCAUCCGGAAGCUCGAGGGCCACCAGAGCAGUGUUGUCUCCUGUGACUUCUCUCCUGACUCUGCCUUGCUCGUCACAGCUUCUUACGACACCAGCGUGAUUAUGUGGGACCCCUACACCGGCGAGAGGCUGAGGUCACUUCAUCACACCCAGCUGGAACCUGCCAUGGACGACAGCGAUGUCCACAUGAGCUCGCUGCGGUCUGUGUGCUUCUCUCCUGAAGGCUUGUACCUCGCUACAGUGGCAGAUGACAGGCUCCUCAGGAUCUGGGCUCUGGAACUGAAGGCUCCGGUUGCCUUUGCUCCUAUGACCAAUGGUCUCUGCUGCACAUUCUUCCCACACGGUGGAGUUAUAGCCACAGGGACGAGAGAUGGCCAUGUCCAGUUCUGGACGGCUCCCCGCGUCCUGUCUUCACUGAAACAUUUAUGCAGGAAAGCUCUGCGAAGUUUCCUGACAACAUACCAAGUCCUAGCACUGCCAAUCCCCAAGAAGAUGAAAGAGUUCCUCACGUACAGGACUUUCUAGUCACACCAGCCAUCCUGACUCCUGUCGCAGCCGCAAUGCAAGGGACUGGCUAGGAUGGAGCCAGCAGAUCACACUGGACCCGCUGUGGACCUUUCUCCCCAUUGGCAUGUGCAAGGAGGUCUGAGUGACCCCACUUCCGUGGUGCCAGCCUUACCUCGUCCUCGUCCUCUGUGAGCAGCCUUUGUCUAUCUAGUUGUCUUGAAGCCGAGUGCAGUUAGGGGGUUUGGGGAGUAAAAGCAAGCAGGCUCCAGAGCCUGUCUGGUGGUGGCCGAGUCCACACUCCCUUCACUGGGAAGUGCCCGCCAUGUAGCACAGUACCUGCUGCCUGUUUCUGGUCUGUGGCUGCAUGGUUUGAAAUUCCUCUGCUCCGGUCAGAGAACGUUUGGGUUUGGCACAUCUUUCUGGCCAAGACGUUCCCAUGGAGCUGCCUGGUUGUUGCUCAGCUGCAGGUGGACGGGGCGUGCUCCUCACCAAUACACUAGUACUGGCUUGUUUCUCUUUAAACAGUGGUGUGCAUGUGUAGGGAAUGACAAACAAGUACAUCAGCUCAUAGGAGGAGGUGCUCCUCAACUGCAUGAUGGUCAGAUGGCCAUUUAUCAGCAUAUUUAUUUGUGUUUUCUCAGCAGAUAUUAAGGUACAACUGUGUGUUCUCAGUGGUCUCUAAAAACCCAGAGUUCUGAAGUGGCCCAGUUGUGAAGCCAAUGUCUUAGUUGUGUGGAGUCAUGUUGUCACUGGCUCACGCUGUCAUGUGCGUGUUUGUCUCUGCUGCUUGACCUCAUGGGAUUCCCCCAGUUCCAACUGCCCCGAACAGACAGCCCCUUCCAAGCACCGCUCUUCACCAGCGGCAGCCGCUACCUACUCAAGAGCCUCACUCACACAAAAUCUGCCUUAGGAAAGUUAAUAUAUUUUAAAUUAUUUUAAAAGAAACUCAACACCUUAUUCUUUGGCUUUUCUUAAUUGAUGCUUUAUGGAGGCAGUGUUAACAUUGUACAGUGUGUACAUAGAGGAGUUUCCUCUAUUAUUUGAAGAAAAACAUUGCAAAAUGAGGCUUUCAUUGAAGGGA